AUGGAAGACGACGAGAAGUGGAGAAGCGAGCUCGAUAUCUCUGGGCUUAGUCUGCUUGAUGAGGAUGAUAGCCUCCUCUUCUCUUCGUUUCCCGAUCCCACUAGCUACGAAUUUUCCGACGCUGAUAACGAUGAGAGAGGUCUUAAUUUAUUUGGGGAUACACAUAAUUGUGACGAAGAGAAACUGGUCUCUCCCACUUUAGAAGGAAAGGAAGAAGAAGUGCUUCAGCCUCAUGAAUCGCCAGAACCUCACAAGAUGAUGAUGAAGUAUAACCUGCGCAAGAGUCUUGCCUGGGAUAGAGCCUUUUUCACCAAUGCAGGCGUUCUGGACCAAGAUGAACUGUCGAAUAUGAUGGAAAGCAAUCAUAUGGGUGAAAAGAAAACUUUACCAUCCAUUCAAGAGGAUGUGAACAGAUCAACAGAGUCCAUAUCUACAUUGAAAAGUGACUGCACUGUGGAGACCAGUCAGGAAUUUGUUAUAUUCGAAGAUGUAAGAGCAUCAGCAUCAAUCCAAAGGUCUGCUAUAUCAUCUGAUGCCGCAACACCUGAUAAGAGUAAGGAAUUGGGACCAACAGAGUCACCAACUAGCCCAACUCCAAGUACGCUAGACGAUACUGGUUCUCAGGAUAAGAUGAAACCCAAUGCAACUCGUAAAAGGCCAAGUAUUAGGGCACAAGGAUUAGGGAGCGUGACAAAGCAGCCUGUUGCUGCAAAAGAACAUAAGACACCCAUUUCCAGGCCAUCUACAGGACUCGGCAAAAGUGUAAGAACUUUGGUAGAUGUUAACAAAACCAAACGUGAACAGAAUCCAAAAUUAACUGGGGGUAAAGAGCCUUUGGCUCCCAGAGUUCCUCUUUCAAGAAGGAUUGUAUCCAAACCUGUAGUGCCUUCCAAAUCUUCUCUACGUUCUUCAGUUGGCUCCAAGAAUGAUUUGACAUCUUCUUGCUCUUCACUUGAGAGCUGCGUCAGUGUUUUGUCAAGCGCUUCUAACAAGCCUUCUCUAGAUUCCUUAAAGGCGAAGAAAGCUCCGGGUUUAAGAACCGCCCAUUCUUUGCCAAAUGGAUCCACAUCCAGAGCUACAUCGAAAAAUAUAAGCCAGCCUAGAGCUCCACUCCUCUCAGCCAAUAGGACAUACAAGUCCAAUGCAUCGUCUCUUUUUUCUUCCGUUGACUGGUCAUCAUCACCGCGACCUUUUACACCUAAUACAUUGGCUAGAAGUAACAAAAGAACUGUUCCUGGUGUAAAGGGUCCUGCAGUCGAUUAUAAAACACAGACUUUGAAGCCUCUCAACAAUUCUAAAGAUGCAUCUGUUGUCCAAGAUGAGCUUAAGCGUGAUUCAGUUGUCAAUGGUGGAGCAGUGCGUUCAACUUCCAUGACGAAGCCAACAGGACUCCGUGUGCCAUCACCAAAAGUCGGCUACUUUGACGGAGCGAGGACUGGCGUUGCAAGAACACCUACUAGUCUAGCAACUGGCUUGGCGAAACAUGGAACUCGUAGCCCAAAUGGUGUUACUAGGACCAAAAGGUCACCUCUCAUACAAGAAUCCACAAAUUCUAAAGCAAAGGCCACACCUGUUUCAAGGCUGAUGAUUGUCUCGGCUUCUGCGUCUUCUCCAAAGCUUACUAACAAAAUGUACUCAAAAGUCAGUGCAGAGGAACAACUCAACGGCCAUGCGGAGGAACAUCAUUUGGCACAGUGA